GAACCAGUUGCUGCUCUCCAGUAUCGCUCCUGUUGGAGUCUGUGGGCAGACAACCAGCGUCAAGUCAGCCACAGUCACUCACGCAGCUUCCGGAGGCCGGCUGUUCCCAGUAUGCUGCUCAGCUUCUUGACUUCAGGAGUUGACAGUCCCACCUGUGUUUGACAGGACGCACUAUUCUCAACCUGGACAGCAGUUAGGCUUCGACUGUUCUUCCUGUCUCCUUCACAGCUUUUGAAAUGUGGCUCAUGGUCAUCUCUGUCCCGCUGCUUCCUGCCAUCAUCAUGAUAUCCAGUCGUUAUCGUGUCAAAGUUGCCACGCUGUGCCAUCGAGCUCUGGCGUGGGCACUGAGGCUGGUGCAAGGGAGAGUGUGCGUGAGGAGCACCCACGCCUUCGUGUUCUCUAAAUGCACACAUGGCAAAGCUGACAGCGUCCUGGAGACCUUUGACCUUUACGCAGACACACACCCCUCCCUCUGCAUCGGCCCACAGAUUGGUGAAGCACUGGAUGAAGUGGUGAGGCGUGUCCGUCCCUCCCGAGCGUUGGAACUGGGGAUGCACUGUGGCUACACUUCUGUCCGCCUGCUGCGUCUGCUACCCCCUGCUGGCAGACUGAUCACAGUGGAGCUGGACCCACUAACAGCAGACCUUGGGGAGGAAAUCAUACUGGUGGCUGGCUUCAAACACUCCCAGUUCCAGGUGUUGAUAUCCAGCUCAGCUGAGGCCAUCCCAACUUUGCGUUCAUUGCUUGAGCCUGAUCAAGGGACCAGUGAGGGGCUCAAUCUGGUGCUGAUGGACCAUGACCCCAAGCAGUACCUUCCAGAUCUGCUGGCUCUGGAGAGAGAGGAGCUCCUCUGCCCUUCUGGCUGCUCUGUGAUCCUGAUGUACAGGAACCAAAGAGCUGAAGAUCUGAGCGAGAUCCUGCGUCACAUCAGAGCAAAGCGUGACUGCUACUGCAUCAAGUCCGAGCUUCAGUCUAUGAUAGAGAUCUUCUACCAAAAAGAAAACACAAGGGUAGAAAGGUGAUAUCAGAAUCGUCAGGGUGGACAUGUGCUUUCAGUUUGUGUGGACUCCAUCAACUAACAGUGUUACAUACUUCGUCAUAUCUAGUAUUACUGAUGGGUCAAAGAAUUACAGGAUAAAAUGAUAUUAAUAAUAUUUUCUACAAUUUUUCAAAGUCAUAAUUUUGUAUAUUUUGUGUAACUUGUUAAUGUCAAAAAUCAAUGAACUCAAAAAUAAAAUCAAAAAGCUGCUUACACAAUCUCUCCUCACAACAAAGGAAACAAAGAAAAACAAAAACUUGAUGUAGAGCACAGAGACACCACAUGAUGGCGCUCUCUGCUUUUUAAAGAAUAGGUACUCAAACGUUGAGUGGCUUUGACGAGGCAACCUUUUAAAGGGAGAUGCCACCCAUUUUUAAGACCUUGCAUGUUAUGUGUGCACUCCAGGACAGCCCAAAAAAUACAUGCUGUAAACAGGAAGUUUGACCUUUGAAUUUAUAACGUAAAUAUAUGUGUCCUGGUUUAUUCAUGACGCCACAGCAAACUUGUUUUGACGCACACUGCCUCUUGUGCACGUUGUGAUAUUUACUUUCAGAACCCAAUUCAAUGUUUACAAUUAACAAUAAAGCAUUAGCGGAGAAACA